AUGGCGACUGCUAUCCGUGCAGCCGUUUCCGCCGAGCUCGCCUCUGCUGCCACCACCGCAGCAACGAGGGCACCGACCUCGCUUACAUCCGCGUUCGUCGGCUCUUUCAAGUCUGCCUCGCUCUCCACCUUCUCCGCCGCUCCCCUUCGCGCCGCAUCGGUCGCCAAGAGGCCAGUCGUCCGUGCCGCCGUCGCAACCGACAAACCCGCCACCGCGUAUCAGAAUCCCACGUGGGCGCGCUUCGAGCUCGGCUUGGCCCCUGUUUUCUGGGAAACCGCCACCGGCCUUCCCCCUGCCUCCGGCGAGCUGAUGACCAUCUGGUUCAACCCCGAGGCGUCCACUCUCACACCCAACCCCGAGUUCGGCGUUGCUUUCAACGGCGGCUUCAACAGCCCCAUCAUGUGCGGCGGGGAGGCGCGGCGGAUGAGCCGCAAGGACCGCGGGCCGAGCUGCGCGCCGCUGUUCUCAAUCAAGGUGAACGUGCCGCUGCACGCCAAGACCAUCGAGUUCUCCAUGACCGACGGCGAGGCCUGGGACGGCCCGUAUGUGGUCGAGAUGCAGAUCCCGGCCGCCUUCCGCAACCAGCCCAUGUCAUUCUUCAAUGAGGGUUUGAAGAAGACGCUGGAGGCAGAGGGAGCGUGCGAUGACACCAUCUUCCCCGACUCGCAAUACGUGCCCGACCGAUGCAUCAUGCCGGGCGGUAUCGCCAAGGAAGAGGGCCAGUCGUGCCGGCUUGACCUUGUGCCAGGCUGCAUGGACCCCAGCUCGCCAUUCUUUGACCCGCUUGCCAACGUGGACGAUGGCUCGUGCCCCAUUGACGUGCCCCAAAAGUAG